AUUAUGUCCCAAACAAGCAAACCCCAGAAAAUGAUUCUCAGCCUUUCAGUUUCACUUCAAGAAUUAUAGCAUUUCAUGUAACCAUUCCAUCUAUAUAUAUCCCCUCAUUUCUGUCACAGGCUCAUCACACCCAGCUCACGAGUUUUCUUUAUCUAGCAAUUCUCUUUAAUCUUUUAUAUAAAAAGAACUAAAGAAGAAAAGAAAACUAAGAUUUGUCAGGUCUUUGAUCUUCAUCUUAAAGAUUUUUUCCUCGCUUUUUUGCUAACUUGAUGGCUGCUUUUUCUUCAUAAAACCCUUAGUUUAAAGUUUCCAUUCAAUUUCUUUAAAAGUUCCUUUAAAUAAGCUCUAAAAAAAUAAAAUUUGAGUUAAAUCCGGAAUCAGAGUGCUCGAGAUAUCGUGUCAGCACCGCAGCCUCACUUUUCUAGCACUGCAGCACCAACUCUUAAAUUUAUCAUCAGAAGCAAUGGCUACUCGCUUUCUUGCUAAGCAAAUUUUGCGCCGUUCUGUUUUUGCUGCAAGUAAAGCAGCUUCAAUAACUGGAGAUGUAGUACCAAAAGGCGUCCUUGCAGUUUAUGUUGGAGAAACCCAAAAGAAGAGAUUUUUGGUUCCAGUAACUUUCUUGAACCAACCUUCAUUUCAAGCUUUGCUGAGUAAAGCUGAAGAAGAGUUUGGCUUUGAUCAUCCUAUGGGUGGUUUGACAAUUCCAUGCAGAGAAGAGACUUUCAUUAGCGUCACUUCCCAGUUGAACGGGUUAGAAUAGGCAAGUAAAUCCAUUGAAGAUAGCCUAUAAUAGAUGAUGGAUGACUCAUCGCUUCUGCCCGGAACCACAAUUGCGCUAUUUUCAACGGUGUAACAUCUGCAAAAGGUCAUUCAUUUUUCAAAUACGACGGGGUGACUUAAAGGGGAGAUUUACCGUUUACGCUGGAGAAGACCAAAAGAGACGCUUCCAAGUCCCAAUUCCAUGUGGUUGAAGCCUUUGAAAAAAUCGGAUCAAAUUAGGCCUGGCAACGUCUCACGAGAGACGAGCCAGAGAAGAUGAAAACAACUGAACGUACUGUAAUUUUGUAUUUUUUUUUUUUGAAGGAGAAGAAGAAAA